CGCCCCCGCCUCCGCCUCUGACCCCACGAGCAGUUACUGGCUCUGGGAGCGCGAGCCUUCCUGAUUUUGCUGGAGGUACUACAGCUUCGCGUUGCGGCGUUUCUGCCGCAGCCCGCGUCAAGUGAGGGCUCCCGGCCCCCGGCUGCGGCGCCCGGCGCGUGUUGGCAGGCUCGGGGCUCGCGCCGCUGACGCGGGCUGGGCCGGCGGGCGGUUAGCGCCCCGUUCGACGCCGGGAGCUCAGCGGCCUGAGCCGACGCGGGCGGCCGGGCUCUCGGGUUCUCUUUCCCAGGCCGGAGCCAGUCGGUGUCCCGGCGGAGAGACGGGCAGCCGGUCUCCCUGGCCCCGGGCCGCCCCCGGCUGGGGCGGCUGGGGCAGGGGAACGAUGUCUGCUCGCGCCCGGGUGCCCGCCGCUCACCCUCAGGAGGAGCGGCCCGCGGUACCAGCUGAGAGGGAGUCGCUGUCGGCCGCGGCGAGCCGGCAAGCCGGGAAGCUGCCUCCGCCCGAACGGGAGGGCAAGGAGGCGGCGAGGGAGGAGAGGAACGCGCUCGCCACCAGCGCGGGGGCGCGGGGAGAGCCCUUGCCGGCGCCCGUGCUGGGACACAGCGUGCCUCAGGCGGCCGUGUCCGUGAAGCCCCUGGCGCUGCACCUGGCGCACAAGGCGCGCGGGCAGGGGGGGCCCUUCGGCUGGGAGCCGCCGCCACCGCUGCCGCGGGACUCGCCGGCCGAAGACGCCCGGGAGGAGGAGAAGGCGGCGGCGGCAGGCUCUGAGGAAAAGCUGCCGCCGCCGCCGCCGCCGCCGCCGCCGCUGCCGCGGAAGGAGAAUCCCUGGACCAAAAAGCCGCCCCAGCACCUGUCCCCCGCCGGGACGGGGCCGCCGCCGCUGCCCCCACUGGAAACCCUGGAGGCAGAGCUCAGUCCCCCCCAAAUUAUAAAAGCAGGAAAACUCAAGACAAAGAAAUCCAACAAGGCUAGUGAUUUCAGCGAUAUGGCGAACUGGCCAACACCAAGUGAAUUAGUGAACACUGAAAAAACCUUUUUGCAGUGUCAGAGUGUCAUCAGCCUAGGAAAUAAGAAGCCACAAAAUAGAAAAGAAAGAGAAGACAAGGUUGAAAAGAGAAGUAACAGUGAAAGCAAAGAAAGCCGGGAAACAAAAUUAGAUGGUCCUGGUGAAAAUGUCAGUGAGGAUGAGGCUCAGUCAAGUAAUCAACGAAAGAAAGCUAAUAAGCACAAAUGGGUACCACUCCACUUAGAUGAUGUAAGACCAGACAGUCAAGAAAGACCAGGGUCCCGGAAUAGCUCAAGAUGUCAACCUGAAGCAAAUAAAUCAUCACAUAACAAUAGGAGAAAUGACACACGAAGUUGGAGGCGUGAAAGAGAAAAGAAAGAUGAUCAAGAUGAAGUUUCCAGUGUGAGAAGUGAGGGUGGUAAUAUCCGAGGUACCUUUAGAGGCCGAGGAAGAGGCCGAGGACGGGGAAGAGGACGAGGCAGAGGAAAUCCUCGAUUGAACUUUGAUUAUUCAUAUGGUUAUCAAGAACAUGGUGAAAGGACUGGUCAACCAUUUCAAACAGAACUUAAUACCAGUAUGAUGUAUUACUAUGAUGAUGGUACAGGCGUACAGGUGUAUCCUGUGGAAGAAGCAUUGCUUAAAGAGUAUAUUAAACGCCAAAUUGAAUAUUACUUCAGUAUAGAAAACUUGGAACGGGACUUCUUUCUUAGGAGAAAGAUGGAUGAGCAAGGUUUCUUGCCUAUUUCCCUGAUUGCUGGUUUCCACCGUGUUCAGGCUCUCACUACAAACCUUAAUCUCAUUUUAGAGGCACUGAAAGAUAGCACAGAAGUGGAAAUUGUGGACGAGAAAAUGAGAAAAAAGAUAGAACCAGAAAAAUGGCCAAUUCCGGGCCCUCCUCCACGUAGUGUGCCACAAACAGACUUCUCUCAACUGAUUGAUUGCCCAGAGUUUGUACCAGGCCAAGCCUUUGGUUCACAUACAGAGUCUGCCCCAAAUUCUCCAAGAAUUGGAAGUCCACUGAGCCCAAAGAAAAACACUGAAACAAGUAAUCUUCAAGCAGUGUCUAGAGUUUUGUCUGCCAGUUUGCCCGACUUGGACUCAGAACCUUGGAUAGAAGUAAAAAAGAGACAUCAUCCAUCCCCAGUGAAAUUGAAGGAGUCACCACCUCUACCUAAAGAGGCAUCAAAUCAACUCUAUCUUCCAGAUGAACAAGAACAAGAAGAACUUGAUUUUUUAUUUGAUGAAGAGAUGGAACAAAUAGAAGGGCGAAAAAACACAUUUACUGAUUGGUCUGAUAAUGAUUCAGAUUAUGAAAUUGAUGACCAGGAUUUAAACAAGAUUUUGAUUGUAACUCAGACACCACCUUACAUGAGAAAACAUCCUGGAGGAGAUCGAACAGGCAACCACAUGUCUGAGGCAAAAAUUACAUCUGAACUUGCUAAAGUUAUCAAUGAUGGCUUAUAUUAUUAUGAGCAGGAUUUGUGGAUGGAAGAAGAUGAAAACAAACACACAGCCAUAAAGCAAGAAGUUGAGAACUUUAAGAAGCUAAAUCUCAUUAGUAAAGAGCAGUUUGAAAACCUAACACCUGAACUUCCUUUUGAGCCAAACCAAGAAGUUCCUGUAGCACCUUCACAGUCCAGGCAAGCUUUUUAUUUUGCAGAUUUGACUGAUGAAUUAGCUCAGAAGUUGUUUGAUGUUUCAGAAAUAUCUUCAGCAACAAUGGCCCAUUCAUUACCCACAGCAGUUCCAGAAUCUCCUAGAAUUUAUCCUGCAAGGACACCCAAAACACCUCGAACACCUGGAUUACAAGAUCCAAACAAAACACCAAGAUUUUAUCCUGUUGUUAAAGAACCCAAAGCCAUUGAUGUAAAGAGUCCAAGAAAGAGAAAAACAAGACAUAGUACAAAUCCCCCUCUCGAGUGUCAUGUUGGUUGGGUAAUGGAUUCCAGAGAUCACGGGCCAAGAGCAUCCUCUGUCAGCAGUUCAAAUGCUUCGCCUUCAGAAGGUGCACCGCUAGUAUGUACUCCUCAUUCAUUCCCAAAGUUCCAGCACCCUUCUCAUGAACUUUUGAAGGAAAAUGGCUUUACCCAACAAGUGUACCACAAGUAUCGUAGAAGAUGCCUAAGUGAGAGAAAACACUUGGGAAUUGGCCAGUCCCAAGAAAUGAAUACCCUCUUUCGUUUCUGGUCCUUUUUCCUCAGAGAUCACUUCAAUAAAACAAUGUAUGAGGAAUUUAGACAACUUGCUUGGGAAGAUGCAAAAGAAAAUUACAGGUAUGGAUUAGAAUGUCUGUUCAGGUUUUAUAGUUAUGGACUGGAAAAAAAAUUCAGACAAGAAAUUUUUAAGGAUUUCCAAGAAGAAACCAAAAAAGACUACGAAUCUGGUCAGCUAUAUGGAUUAGAAAAGUUUUGGGCUUAUCUAAAAUAUUCUCAAUCUAAGACACAGUCUAUUGACCCCAAACUUCAGGAAUACCUCUGUAGCUUUAAGAAGUUGGAAGACUUCCGUGUUGACCCCCCUAUAGGUGAGGAAUUUGAAAGAAAAAGACAUUCAUCUACUUCUGGUGAGGAGAGUAAUCGUCACACACUUCCGUCUAAUUCCUCUACAAAGUCACCAAGUGCUGCUAAGCCUACACCUGCCAAUCGGCUUCGGGUCCCAACAAACUCUCCCAGAAGGAAUACUUCACAGCAGUCCAAUGACAAUUCACACCAGAACAGUGCUGCCUCAGUCUCAACACAUGGUGAACUGCCUGAGAAAUAGACUCUGAUGAAAGUUGUUUGCCCUUGAAAUCAACAUUUACAUCAGUAAUUAUUGGGGGAAAUCUUCUGAUGUUUAAUUGUGAUAAAUUGGUAGCAUUGGAAGAAAAAUGGUAGCAUUUUUUUCUAGGAAGAUAAAUUCUAAAAACGUUUUCCCUGAUUUCACGAAUAAGUAUAAUUUUGGUAACCUUUUAUAGAGAUCCUCUAGUAAUAUAUUUUGGUCUCAAAUAUAUAUUUGAAAUAAUAUAUUUCUUUUUCAAAGCCAUUGUUUAUAAGAACAGCAUUCCUUAAAUAUAUACAAAAACAACACAAGGAAUGCCUAACAUUUCAGCUCAUACUUCUUAAAGAAGAUAUAGUAUGUUAUAGUCAUCUAUUCUAUAGAGCUUUCUUAAAGAAUCCAAUAACCCCACUGUCAAUUCAUAUUUGAACUUAUCAAAAACAAAGGACAAUUAUGUAUAUGUUUUUUAAAUUCAGAAAAAGAAUGUGAAAUGAUACAUUUGCUUUUCUUUUAGAUUUAUAGUUUAAAGAAAACUUUUUUUUUUUUUUUUUACAAAAGUAGAAAUAUAUUGCAGUUAUAUUGAAGUACUUCAUAUGCACUUUGGAUGUUGGGUUUUGCUUUUUUCCCUGCUAGUCAUGCCUCAUGAUUUCCAUAGUUAUUGUUGUGUUGGUAUGGAGUGUUCUGAAUUGGCAUCAGCCAGUUACAUAUUAGAAGAGAUUUACUUUUUGUGACUAUAUAAACCUGCACAAGUAAUUGAAAACUGAGUUGGGAUUGGUUGGAAUACUGUCCUAAAUUAGUUAAAUCUUGCACUGUUUUGAAUGCAUUUGCUGUUUGUACAUCUGCAGGUGUGUAUGCCACAAGUAGUCAGAUUAUCUUCAGUUUAAAAGGAGUAACUUUUUGUGUCCUUUACUUUGUUUUAUGCUUAUAAAAAGUGUUUUCAAGAAAUGAAUUGACUUCUAAUUUUUAUUGCUGUUGCAACCGAUGUAAAUGAUAGUUUCAGUUUUUGUGGGAAUUAAAAUAAAGCACUUAUUCUAAAUUA